CAGUUUUGGAGGAUUGCAAAGAGCACUUUUGAGUCCCAACUGAGAAGAAAUAUUGAGAAGAUGAAGUUGCUUGGUCCAAGAAGAAUGAUGGAUGCACUAAUGUACUACAACAUAGAGUAUUGGUGUAAGGUGUACUUCAACACUUCUGUUAAAUGUGAUUAUGUAGACAACAACAUGUUUGAGUGUUUUAAUGCAUGGAUCUUGGCUGUCAGGCACAAGACAAUCAUAACUAUGCUUGAAGAGAUUAGAGUAAAGAAGAUGACAAGGAUUGGAAGUUUGAGGGAGUUUGUAAAUACUUGGGGAAGCAAUUACUCUCCAAUGGCUUUGAAGGUAUUAGAGGAGAAUGUUACUAGGUCAAUGGACUGUAACAUUGAGUUUAAUGGAGUUGCAGGGUUUGAAAUUAAAGGACUAUGUCAACAUACCGUGGAUCUUCUAGGAGCACUUGUGGUUGUAGUGUAA